UCCCAUUAUGCUUUGCGAUCACCAUGGUUACAGGAACGACGGCGUAAACCAAGAUGUCGAAAGGGACAACCAUCAAAGAAGCCCUGGCGAAGUGGGAGGAGAAGAAUGGGAGCAAGGCUGCGGAGUCACCAACAGUGAAGCUGUACAUGCAGAUUCCUCCCAUCGAGAAAAUGGAUGCUUCCCUCUCCACUCUGGCUGCCUGCGAGAUGUUGUCACUCUCCACCAACUGCAUUGAGAAAAUUGCCAACUUGAAUGGCCUGAAAAACCUGAAAAUCUUGUCCUUGGGCAGAAAUAACAUCAAGAACCUCAAUGGUCUGGAGUCAGUUGGGGACACUUUGUGUGAGCUGUGGAUCUCUUACAAUAACAUUGAGAAGCUGAAAGGCAUCCAUGUGCUCAAGAAACUGACGGUGUUACACAUGUCCAACAACAAAGUCAGUGACUGGGCAGAGUUUGGAAGACUGGGUGAAUUGCCUUGCUUGGUUGACCUGCUGUUUGUUGGGAACCCCCUGGAAGAGAAGCACCAGGCAGAGGGAGACUGGAUUGAACAGGCUACAGGCAAGCUGCCCAGAUUGAAGAAACUGGAUGGUGCACCUGUUAUCAAGCAGGAAGAGGGAGAUGACUGAGAUUCUGAGCUUGUACAGCAUGUUUGUUUCACAUUUCUGUAAACAUUCCAUGGAAUUUGAUGACUCUGCUCAUUCAUUUGGUUUGAGGAUGUUUGGAAUGUUUGGAAUAUAGAUAAGUCUGACGUCAUGUAUACCUGAUUAAGUCCAUUUGGCAGUUUACCAAUCACUAGUGUACACAUAAUUCUCUAUAAAUGAGUUUUUCUUGAGUUCUACGUGUUAUUGGAAGUUGUUUAGUGACCCACUUGAACAUAGAAAUCUGUUCAAAUUUUGUAAAUAUAGGUCCAAAGGAAAGAGGGAACAUUAAAAGUAAAACAUUGUUAGAGAGUAGGUGAUACUUUUCAGUGAUAGCUUUUGCCCUUCUGCACUUCUCACGAGAUUGCAUAGGUCUCUGGGUUAGACAUGAAUAUACUACAUGAAUAUAUGUAUAACAGAACUUAUACUCCCAUUGCUUACUUCAUCAAAUAAACACAUUUUCUUACUUGUA